AUGGACACUAAAGUGAAAAAUACAGAGACACUAUUGUCUUUGGGACAGUUUCACAUCUCUGAGGAUUGUGGGUGUAUUCUUCCUGAGCCUCUGACAGACCUACCACUGUACUACAAGCCCUGGAUGGACAUUGCCAGAAAUGUGCCAGAACUCAUCUCUUCCCAUUCUUUGCGCCUCAGAAUUCACAAUAUGCCUCUGUUGGAGACUCAUUUGUUGCGGACACAUUGUGAGCUGCGUUUGGCCCAUCUGGCUUUGAGCAUGAUGACUGUGGGUUACGUAUGGCAAGAGGGCGAGAGAGAAACAAUAAAAGUGCUUCCGCGGAAUCUGUCGGUGCCAUUCUGUGAGGUGUCUCAGAGACUGGGUCUGCCCCCGAUUCUCAUCUACACUGAUGCAGUCCUUGCCAACUGGAAGAAAAGAGAUCCAGAUGGACCUUUUUCCAUGGAGAACUUGGAGUUGUUGCUGACAUUGCCUGGUGGGGAAAGUUUAAGAGGAUUUUUUCUGGUGACACUGAUGGUGGAGCUGGCAGCUGUUCCUGGCCUGAAGUCUAUCCUUGAUGUCAUCAAUGGCAUCCAUUAUAAUGAUGUUGCUAUGGUCACCAAAGCUCUGGAUGUUGUCAGUCAGGCCAUAGACAGCAUGAAACAGGCUUUUAAACUAAUGCAUGACUAUGUAGAUCCUUCCAUAUUCUAUGGGAUUGUGAGGAUCUAUCUGUCUGGAUGGAAAGAUAACCCAUUAAUGCCAGAAGGUCUCGUGUAUGAGGAAGUUCAGGAGAAGCCAAUGGAGUUUUCAGGAAGCAGUGCCGCUCAGAGUAGUACCUUACACUGCUUUGAUGAGCUGCUGGGAGUCCAACAUGAAGGCAGCAGCGGGGCCUUCCUGAGAAGAAUGAGGGACUACAUGCUGCCCUCUCAUAAGCAUUUCAUUGAAAACAUCUCUAGUCGCCCGUCUCUGCGCAGCUUUGUGCUCCAGCAAGCGGAUGAGGGUCUAACGCACACAUUUGAGCAGUGUGUGGCUCGCUUAGUGGACUUUCGGAAUUACCACAUCAACACUGUCACGCGUUACAUCACUAUCCCGGCCUCCCGCGCCAAACAGCUCCGUGCCAACAAGCAGGGUUUGCCCGAGGAGCUGGACGCGAUCAGAAGAGCACCAACAGCACUGGAGGAAAGAGGUACUGGAGGGUCAGGGAUUAUGACCUUUCUGAAGACAGUGCGUGACAAAACCAAAGACACUUCCAUCUCACAGGGCUCUAAAGGGAACCAGGUUUUGCCAACCCAUCAAUCAAUACAGAAGGCUGCAUCUGAGCUCACAACAGAAUGA